GUAAAUCCUGGCCCUCGGAAGUAGACUGGACAUCCGGUUCACAGACAACUAUUAUCUGUAGAUAGUGAGUGAGUAAGAAACAAGCCAUGCCUGUCCUGUCAGAAGAUUCAGGUUUGCAUGAGACCCUUGCCCUCCUGACAUCGCAACUAAGACCUGAUUCAAAUCACAAGGAGGAAAUGGUGUUCCUGAGAGACAUAUUUAGCGAGCGAAGUCUCAGCUAUUUAAUGAAGAUUCAUGAAAAGUUGUGCCAUUAUGAACGGCAGAGUCCGGUCCCAGUUCUCCACAGUGCCUCAGCUCUAGCAGAAGAUGUGAUAGAAGAAUUGCAGACGGCCCCAAUGAAUAAUGACGAGAAAGAACUGCUCCAGUUGCUGUCAACUCCUCAUCUCAGGGCGAUGCUGGUUGUACAUGACACUGUUGCCCAGAAGAAUUUUGACCCUGUCCUCCCUCCUUUGCCUGAAAAUAUUGAUGAUGAUUUUGAUGAAGAGUCGGUCAAAAUAGUUCGCCUGGUGAAGAAUAAAGAACCUUUGGGUGCAACAAUCAGGCGGGACGAGCACACGGGAGCUGUGAUUGUGGCACGGAUCAUGAGGGGAGGAGCGGCUGACCGCAGUGGUCUUGUCCAUGUUGGAGAUGAGCUGCGAGAAGUCAAUGGGAUUACGGUGCUUCACAAACGGCCAGAAGAAAUUAGCCAGAUUUUGGCACAAUCGCAGGGAUCAAUAACACUGAAAAUAAUUCCAGCCAUUAAAGAAGAAGACCGACUAAAGGACAGCAAGGUCUUCAUGAGAGCCCUUUUUCCCUACAACCCCAAAGAGGACAAGGCCAUCCCUUGCCAGGAGGCUGGGCUGCCAUUUCAGAAGAGGCAAAUCCUGGAGGUGGUGAGCCAGGAUGACCCAACAUGGUGGCAAGCCAAGCGCGUGGGGGACACGAACCUCAGGGCAGGGUUGAUCCCUUCCAAACAAUUUCAAGAAAGACGUCUGAUGUACAGAAGGACCAUUGGCAUGCUGCAUAACACCAGAAGUGUCACAAAACCACUCUAUGAUCAAUCUUCUGAGAAAGAAGACUGCGAUUGCGAGGGAUACUUCAAUGGACAAUAUAUAGCCGGCUUGAGGCGGAGUUUCCGGCUGAGCCGAAAGGAGAAGCAGAAUGGUCAGAAUGAUGCCAAGCAAGUUGAGCAAACCCAGGCCCCAGAGUUUCUCACAUAUGAAGAAGUCAUCAAAUACCAACAACCGCCAGGAGACAGAAAGAGGCUGGUAGUUUUAAUUGGUUCUUUGGGGUCCCGGUUAAAUGAACUCAAGCAGAAGGUGGUAGCUGAGAAUCCGCAGGAGUAUGGGGUCGCUGUGCCACAUACGACAAGGACCAAGAAGAGUCAUGAAAAGGAGGGUGUGGAGUACAACUUUGUGUCAAAACAAUCCUUUGAAACUGAUGUGCAGCAUAACAAGUUUGUAGAACAUGGGGAAUAUAAGGAAAAUCUCUACGGGACAAGCCUUGAGGCAAUACAGACCGUCAUGUUCAAAAACAAAAUUUGCCUUGUGGAUGUUGUGCCUGAGGCUGUGAAGCACUUGAGGACAGCGGAAUUCAAGCCCUAUGUAGUGUUUGUGAAGCCUCUUGUCUCAGAGAAGAAAAAGAAUGUGCCGACAUCUCUGUCACCAGAUGACAUAUUUGUCCCACUGGAUGAAGAGCAGCAAGAAAUGGUAAAUUCCGCUGCCUUCAUUGAAGAAGAGUACGGGCACCUGAUUGACACUAUCUUGGUGAAGGAGGAUCUCCAUAGUGCUUGCACCCAGUUGAAAACUAUAUUAGAGAAACUAACUACAGAAUCCUUUUGGGUACCUGUCUCUUGGGUUAGGUCAUAGUUCUCUAUGCUGUGCCAAAAAUAUGUUGUAAAUAGAAUGGAUGGAUGACCAAAAGGGAAAAAAAAUCACACUAGCCUAGCUAGUUUCCUCAGAUAAGCAGCAAAAAGGAGCCUUCUUCAUCUAGGUAUAUAUUCCGAUGAAACCUUAUUGCUUAAGAGGAACGGACAGACACUGCAACGGAAUGGAAAGUUCUAGCAGAAUACAAUGCAGAGGCAUGUGCAUCAUUGGACAGUAAUCUUAUUUCAGAUUCCAAGUAUCUGGAGGGAUACAUUUUGCAUGGUUUUGAAUGUGCAAUUUAGGCCAGACCAAGGUUUCUUCCAAGCAGAAGGUUCCCAGUGCAUUCAUAUGGGAAAGGGUGUGCAGUUAUUCUGUCAUUUUUCUCUACAAUGUAUUUUUUUCCUGAUAAGAUAAGAGACAAGUGCUGGAAAAGAUGUGAGAGAAUUACAAAAUAUGGGAAAGCAUGGACAAUGGUUAUUGUUAGUUCCAACUGGAACAGACCCAUUGAAUCAAAUGGAUCUACCUGUGUGUUGACUCCAUUAUUCAUAUAUUGAUUUAUGACCUAGGAGGAGUAGGAUUUGGGCCAGUGUUCUCUGGACCUAGAGGUUAAAGAAAUUUCAUUUUUUACUAUAUCCUAAAUCCCACAUUCUGGGAUUAGUGUUCCCUCCAAAAUAUUUCCCAAGAUAUUUACCUCCAGGGCUCUGGAUUUAAGAAAGUGUCACUACAAAAUUAAAAGCCUCAGCCAGCAUGAGUAAUGGGUAGUAUGGUACCAUGUAUCUGGUGAGUGCUGGGUCUGAGAAGGCCUAUCUAAAUGAUGUGCUAAAUUAAUGUUAUUAUCACACUCAUGAUCAUUGUUAUUAUCAUUAUUAUAUUUAUUUAUAUCCUGGCCUUUCUGGGACUCUGCUGCUUGUAAGAGCUAAAGAUACAGCUAAAGCAUUUGCGACAUUGUAAAUAUCAGCGGCAAUUCCAACAGAACAAUACAAGCCAUGGGUGAGAUGUCAGCUAUUGUCAAAAUGGGAGUUCAUCAGGCCAAUUCCAACAAGAGUCAUGCUGGAGGACCUAGGAAAUGCCUAGGGAGGGCAUUAUUUGUUAGAUGGUACUGAUUCUAUGUACUAUAUAUCAUACAAAAGUUAAAAUAUGAUGAAACAAUAAUAUUAACGGUAGUUUGAAAAGCAAUGAAAAACAAUAAUGAAAAACCACACAGCAUACUUAAGACUCUUCCCCUCUGAGCAGCCAAC